UUGUCGCUAAGAUCCGGCUAACGAAAAUCUUUGAUCAAAACUACCUCUUCAAGAUCAAUUUAGAGCAAUCAGGAAUCGAGAAGCUUUGUGGGAGGCACAAGCAACUCUCCUCGCCAGGAGUGGCCCUCUUCAUUCGAGAUCCGACUUGCUUCAAGAAGCAUUAACUGAUAAAACGGACUGGGAGCAACAAAACUGGUGCCCAGGAUCCCGAUAGCCUGAUUCAUUCUCAGUCAUGACUCCGAGGGUCACCACUGAGAACACAUCGGUGGACACCACCACGACACUGGAAUUCGAUCCCGACAAUGGGUGUGAUGUUCAGCAAUGGGGUGUGACUUUGGGCUUUCAAGUGUUCUUUAUAGCCUGCAUUGCGUGUUCCCUGGUGUUUCUCGCCAUCAUGCUGACUUUCACCAUUCGAAGGGCCAUGACUUUAAGGAAGCUCCUAAAGCCAGAAUAUGAGCCCCAUGUCGAUAUUGUGGAUGAUUCCAGUUGGACUGUGGAAAUUGAGGAGACUGAAGACUACAUGAAGCGGAAGAAAGAGGAAAUGGAUCGGUUUUAUGAACGAGCACCUUCACCAGUGAAUUUUGGAACACUUUCCAAGGCUGCCCGACCAACCUCCAAGUCUUUCAGUACUAUCGAAGAAGAAAAUGAAGAAGAAAUCGACCUUGCUGAGGGACGAAGGAACUACCAAAGAUCUGGGAACUCACUACCUCGUCUCAGUGGACAUGUUUUGGGCACAAGAUCCAUGUCGUCCCAUUUCCUUCGUCCUCCCAGUAUGGAACCACCCGGAACGCUCUACAGAACUCAAUCGCAAGAAUUUGUGGAGAGUAUGCAUAAGAGUGUUUUGACUGGGGAAAAAUUCGACAAGCAGUUCGCUCCCAGGCUUUCCAAUGACGAUCGAAGGCGUAGUAGUGCAGAAUCGAGUGACAAGUACUAUAAAAAGAAAAAGGGUUUGGACUUAGAAUCUGGAACCAUGCGAGGAACUGCCCAGGCGUCUAUGUCGUUCAGCUUAGCAUCAUACGAGGCAGGCCAAGGUAGCCGUGGGUCCAGUCGGAGAAAUUCCUCAUCGCCCACACGCAAAUGGGAGGGGCCUUCCAGCAUAUUCAACCAAAGAAGUCCUUCGUCGCCAAAUUUAGACAAUUUCGACAAGAAUUUUAACCGAGUUAAGUCUUUGGAUAAUCAAGGGACACCUAUCCUAAAACGCGUGGCUGAUGUCAUAGGCACUUUGGGGCGGAACACUCUUCAAUAUCGGGCCCAAACUGACUUGUUUGGAGACAAUGGUCCAGGCGUUGGGACGUCGCAUGGGAACAAGAGGGAAACGCUUGAUGACAAUCCCGAACACGAUGCCAAAAAAUACAAGGCUCAAAAAGUGAAGAAACGAUCUUUAGGAGAUUUGAGAGAAUUUGAUCCAACAUUGGUCCAAAAAGAUCGAAGUGGAAGUACGUCUUCGGAAGUGUUAGUUUACAAUCGUCAUCGCCGAUCAGGAGUGACUUUUCAAGAGGCUUCGGAUUUUGAGGUUCAUUUGUAACGAACAAGAACCUUCCGUUUUGUGAGUUUUUCCCUGUGGUCAAUGCAGCAAACUUUAAAUUUGAAGCAGGGUGGGCGUAAUCUCGUUAUAGUUGUCGUCAGAUUGCAUUUGAACAAUACAGAUAACAUUUUAGCUACGAUAAGUGUGUGUUCAUGGGAAGUGACGUUGACAACAAAUAUUUGAUGCAUGGAAUUUCAAUUCUGAUGCUGAAAGCGGUGUGUUGACUGACUUAUAUGACCUUUGCAAGGCACGCCUUUUCCUGUCAUUUUCAAAUUGUAUUCACUUACUUUUAGAUGCAACAUCACUUUGAAUUUGUUUCUUAUGUUAAUGGAUUGUUCCAAAAUAUAUCAAAAGAUAAGUCAUAGCUUAAAUGAUUAAACUUGAAAACAAAUGUAAUAUCUUAAAUUUCAAACGUUGACCUUCCCAUCCGAGCUUAAGAGCAAUAACAACUUUCAAGAAGGUUACAUAGCCAAUGUCGGUCAAUAUCUGUGCUCUAAAAGCUUAAAACUUCGCAAAUCAUGAAACGAAGGAAUAUCUUAAUACAAGACUUUAUUGAUCAAUGGAUUUGCUUGAUUCAAAUAACUUGUCAAAUUUCAAAUUAUAACAAGCACAAAAAAUCAUGUUAGCCAAUCAUCAUAAGAUUUGCUCUGCUCUUACUCAUAAUUCUCAACUGAAUGCACAUUGUACGAGUUCAUUGGCGUCCCUCUACAAAAAGUAGAUUUCAAGGGUGAGCAAAUUCUAACGAAGGAAAAGCGAGUGGUGCAAAAAAUGAAACAUGAAACCAGGACACAAAAUGAAUGCUCUUCAAACACUAAGAGCGCCUGUCUGCUUGCACCUUCGACUCGAAUUCGAUUGUCGGCGACUAAAAAUAGAUAUCCUUUCAUGGAUCAAAGGCAUUUUCAGCCCCCCUUCAGCCAGAUGCAUAUUGGGAGCGAUGAUGCUUUAUGCACAUCCUUUCCUUUCCCCACAUAUGUGCCGUUCACCAAGUUUGUACCUCACCUAAUCGUGAAGGCAAAUCCUGUUGAAUCCCCAAUGAUGUGUUAAUUGAGGACUAAUUAGCCCGCCCAGGACACUCGUUAUCUUCGAUUCAUGCGUGGCGCCCAUUACAAAUUAUGUGCCUGUACCUUGUACCAGGCAAGUGAGUCAACUGAAUUAUCUAUUCUGAAGCUCAUUAUUGAUUUUCAUGUCUGUUGUGACAUCACUUCGUGGCCAAUCCUCGCUCAAGACGAUCUGUUCUUCUUUUGUGUUUUAACAUUCUCUGUGUUUGUGUUCCAAUUGUUGGAACACGUGAAUCUAAGUUAUGGAACGCUUUUCCCCUGAAGGUCGUGCCUCUUUUUGAACUCGCAACCCUCUUUGAUUGGAAAACCAUGAAUUUCACGACCCAGGAACCCCCCUUACUCAAUUGUACCAAGCAAGAUGGAAUUUGGAUGGGGAAUCCCGACAACUCCACAAUGAUUUGCCAUUGUCCUGAACCCAUUCUUUCCAACUUUCCUGGGGUUUAUUUGACCAUCAGCCUCAUAAUAUUCGUUGCCUUGGCGAUAGUCUAUGCCUUUGGUCUGUUCAUCAUCUGCAAGACCUUCAAGGAAGCCCGCAAUCUCAAACACGGCGAAGGCCAACGAAGUGAAAGCCAAGAAUACCGAUUUGCCUCGAUGCCCAAUACCUUCGAGACUUUCCGAAGGGAGUCUGCCUACUUGAGACGAAGCAACAGUGCCCAUGGAGCUUUGACGGACUUGGAUGAGAACACCUACGAGGAGAUGUACGAAAACAUUCCACAUGAGUACAUCCCCACCAUUCAAGAGGAGAGCUUGGAAGACUUGUCAGUUGAAUCCGACGAACCCAAAAGCUCUCGGGAUGAAGACAGCGAGGAGCAUUUCUAUGACAACUUUCUUCAAAUGAUCAUCGUCACAGACACGGACCGAGGGACGGAAUUUGACCCCGUCGAUAAUAGCCAAAACACGGUCUCCGCCAAGUCCCAUGUUCCCCGAAGGAUUGGCAGUUUGCUGCGCUCGUACAAAGAGAACAAUCCCCACGAAUCCUCGGAAGGCAAAGACGAAAUCGACCUCAAGAAAGUGUACAUGCGCUCCCAGUCGCUUUCCAGGAAAUCUGUCGAGAGCUUCAUGAACAAGUUUAGGAAAUCCAGUGAUCCCUUGACCAUGUCCACCUCUGUGCCUGGUUCAUUAAAAUCUCAUCGAUCCGACAGCUCCAAGCAGAGAGACCAAGAAAAGACCGGUAGUGCGGAAAAGAAGCGCAGAAACACUUCCAACGCCAGCACCAUGUUCAAAGACGUCCAAGGCAUGGAUUGGAACCACCGAAAGAGCGGCAUUCUUAGAACCAGUCUCAAGGCCCCUUCGGAGCAGUCUCAGCGUCGGAAGCGGAAACUGGCACUCUCAUUUCAAGAGCCGUCCAGUCCCAACGUGGAACCCGGUAAUGGGUCCAAAAGCCAACACGAAUGCCAGGAAUCCACUUUGUGAUAUUAGUUGGGGAAAGCAACUAGCUUUUCUGUGUAGAAUGAAACAGGCUGUGAAUGAAAUGCUUGAGUGCUAGUGCUACAGGGUGGUUGCUAAUCGGUCGUGUCUUCUAUCACCUCGUAACUCAUGCCUUAUCUCGGUCACUGAGCAAAUUUGUUGAAUAUGUAUUUGUUAAUUGUCAAAGCUACGAAUUGAUACAAAAAUGCUAUCUUAUAGCUAGACAAUGUCUUCAUUAGUCCUUCUUGAUAUUGUUUGAGGUGCUUAAGGUUAUGAAUUUAGCCAAAAAGGCCGCAGAUGCAAUUCCCCAUGAGGCGAGGAAGGCCCAGAACACAAUUUCAUUUGGAAUUUGGAAACCCUGCAAGGAACCCAGGUAGAUUUGAAGGGCCAUGAUGAAGCUGCAGCGGAGAAUCUCGGAAAACCAGUCCCAGGGUCGCUUGUCAAAGAUGAAACCAAUGUUGCUCAAUGUCCAGAUGAGAAGACCAAUGACUAGAGUGACCGUCCUCUGCGACAUACCCUGCAUAACCAAGACCAACAAAGAAUGACUGGCGCAUCAAGAACACGAGAAUUAUUUUUUUCUUGGAAAUAUAAAUAUAAAACAAUCAAAGUAA